AUGGCAGAAGUAGCAUUAGCUAGUGCUGCCUUAAGAUUGGCCGCAUCGCCCCUCUUGAAGAAGCUCCUUGCUGAUGCUUCAACAUACCUUGGAGUGGACAUGGCGCGUGAACUCCAUCAACUGGAGACCACUAUCAUACCGCAGUUCGAGCUAGUGGUUGAAGCAGCCGACAAGGGAAAUCACAGGCCCAAGUUGGACAAAUGGCUUCAAGAACUCAAGGAUGCCUUCUAUAUGGCUGAAGACUUGCUAGACGAGCAUGAGCACAACCUCCUCAAGCGCAAAGCAGACGGGAAGGAUUCAAUGCUGCCUAAUGACUCUUCCAUUAGCAGCAUAUUUAUGAAGCCUCUACAUGCUGCAUCGAGCAGGAUGUCCAAUAUGAGAUCAGAUAACAGAAAUUUACUUCGCCAUCUCAAUGAACUUAAGGCUACCCUAGCGAAAGCUAAGGACUUUCACGAACUGCUGCGCUUACCAAUUGGUUAUAAUGCAGAGAACCCCACCAUACCAUCAUCCAUUGUUCAUGUGGCUACAUCACUGCCACCUCUGAAAGUGAUCGGUCGUGAUAAGGAUCGUGAUCAUAUAAUAAAUCAUCUUACCAAGACAACUGGUACUGCUGAGUCUAGGACUGCUAUGUACUCCGGAUUGGCCAUUGUUGGAGUUGGAGGCAUGGGAAAGUCCACUUUGGCACAACUUGUUUACAAUGACAAGCGGAUAAAAGAAUAUUUUGAUGUGACAAUGUGGGUAAGCAUCUCACGCAAACUUGAUGUUCACCGUCAUACACGGGAGAUCAUCGAGUCUGCUUCUCAAGGGGAGUGCCCACGCAUUGAUAACCUUGAUACACUUCAGCGUAGGUUGAAAGACUUACUGCAAGAAUCCGGGAAAUUCCUGCUUGUUUUGGAUGAUGUUUGGUUUGAACCUGACAGUGAAAGGGAAUGGGACCAACUAUUAGCUCCUCUAGUUUCCCAACAAACAGGAAGCAAAGUUUUGGUAACCUCUCGAAGGGAUACAUUUCCAGCUUCUCUUUUUUGUGCGGAAGUGUGUCCUCUGGAAAACAUGGAAGACGAUCAAUUCUUGGAACUCUUCAAACACCAUGCAUUUUUUGGACCAGAAAUUCAAAAUCCACGGUUGCGUGAAAAGCUAGAAAAAAUUUCAGAGAAGAUUGCUAAAAGGCUUGGACAAUCUCCUUUGGCGGCAAAAGUUGUGGGUUCCCAGUUGAAAGGGAAAACAAGUAUCACUGCUUGGAAGGAUGCUCUAACUAUAAAUAUUGACAAAUUAGGUGAGCCCAUUAGAGCUCUACUGUGGAGUUAUGAGAAGUUAGAUCCAUGUAUGCAGAGGUGCUUUCUAUAUUGCAGCUUGUUUCCAAAAGGCUACAAGUAUGGCAUUGAUGAGUUGGUUCAACUUUGGAUGGCAGCGGGACUUGUUGAUUCGUGCAACAAAAACAAGAGAGUGGAAGACAUUGGGAGAGAAUGCUUCAAGGAGAUGAUCUCGGUUUCAUUCUUUCAACCAGUACAUGACGAUUACACACCCAUGUACUGUGUUAUCCAUGAUCUCCUUCAUGAUCUGGCAGAAUCACUGUCCAAAGAGAACUAUUUCAGAUUGGAAGAUGAUAACAUAACAGAAAUACCAUCCACCAUCCGACACUUGUCUGUUAGCGUCGGUAGUUUGAAGGAACACAAGCAAAUUAUCUGCAAGCUUCGUCAUUUACGUAGUAUUAUCUGCAUAGCCCCCCUAACGGAUGAUGUAAGUUACCUUUUCAAUCAUAUACUGCAGAAUUUGAAGAAGUUGCGCGUACUAUAUUUGUCAUCUUAUAGCAGCAGUAUGUUGCCAGAAUCUGUUGGGAAGUUGAAGCACCUUCGGUAUUUAAACAUUGUCAGAACGUUGAUUUCUAAAUUGCCAAGAUCCCUAUGUACUCUUUACCACUUACAGUCACUUCUGUUAAAUGAUAAAGUUGAGAGUUUGCCUGAGAAACUCUGCGAUUUAAGGAAGUUACGACAUCUUGAACAACAUGAUUACAGAAUAUACACAUCAAACAAGAAAGCAUUGUGUCAAAUUCCUAACAUUGGCAAGCUAACUUCACUUCAACAAUUUGAGGAAUUUUCUGUGCAAAAGAAAAAAGGUUAUGAGUUAGAACAACUAAGGUAUAUGAAUGAGAUUCGUGGCAGUUUAAGUGUCACAAAUCUUGAGAAUGUCAGUACGAAGGAUCAAGCCCUAGAAUCGAAGUUGUAUCAGAAAAUUCAUCUUGGCAGCUUGCAACUUGUCUGGAGUCACAUGUAUAACACAAAUGAAGAGGAUAAUUUACAUUUGGAGAUUCUAGAAGGCUUGAUACCACCACCUCAACUUGAAGAUCUUACAAUUCAUGGUUACAAAUCUUCAAAAUACCCAAGUUGGUUACUUGAUGGUUCGUAUUUUGAGAAUUUGGAAUCUUUGAGCUUUGUUAAUUGCAGCACAUUACAAAGUGCUCUACAAAUAAAGGAUGACGAAAAAUUUAUAAAAAAUUAUCUUAUCGAUGCAUGGAUAGACAGUCACAAGCAAAGGAUCAGACUCAUGUAUGAAAGGGGCAUUGGGUUGUCGCUGGUUCCACCAAGAGGGCUUCGUGAACUGACUCUUUCAUCAUGCAAUAUUACAAAUGGAGCUUUAGCUGUUUGCCUUGAUGGCCUAGGAUCACUUAAAACAUUGGUCUUAGAGCAGAUUAUGACUUUAACUACACUUCCUUCAGAAGAGGUCCUCCAACACUUGACAAAACUUGACCGCUUGUUCAUCAAAUAUUGCUGGUGUCUCAGGUCAUUAGGGGGUUUACGAGCUGCUACCUCUCUUUCAGAUGUUAAAUUGAUUUCCUGCCCUUCUUUAGAGUUGGCAUGUGGAGCAGAAUGUUUGCCAUUAUCCCUUCAGAGCCUGAGUAUAGACAAGUGUGUGCUUGCAGCUGACUUCCUGUGCGCUAAUUGGCCACACAUGCAUGAUAUUGAAAUAAGAAAAUGUAGAAGCACCACAUGCUUGUCUGUUGGUAGUCUUACCUCUGUUAAAUCACUCUCACUGGAGCACUUGCCAGAUUUAUGUAUGCUCAAAGGAUUGUCUUCACUGGAACUUCACCAUGUACAAUUGAUUGAUGCUUGGAAACUCAACCUCAUGUGUAUCUCACAGUUUCGUGUCCAGUACUCAUUCGUAGUGAGCAGCACUACAAUACUCAACACCAUGCUUACGGCAGAAGGCUCCACGGUUCCAGCAUUUCUCUCUCUUGUAUCAUGCAAUGAACAAUUCGUUUCAUUCGAAGCAUCCGCAAAUUUCACAUUUGUCAAGAGGCUUACGUUCCGGGAUUGUCUAAUGUUUUCCCUGCCAUAUCUGAAGUGCUUCUCCAAUUUGGAGCAUCUAGAUAUCUAUGACUGCCCCAACAUAUCAUCUUUACCAGAUCUGCCAUCCUCCCUCCAGCUCAUAAGAAUACGUUCAUGUGGUGAGCACUUGAUGGAAAGCUGCCAAGCACCUCAUGGAGAAAGUUGGUCAAAGAUCGCGCAUAUUCGCUGGAAGCUAUUUGAAUAA